AUGCUGUUGGUGUGGCGGUGGAGUAGGUCUCACCACCACCCGGACCACGAGCACCGAUACGUCCACGAGCACCGAGACGUUCACCCAGUCGACGUCAUCGAACACGACCAGGUCCACGGUCACGCGCUGCGAGGACUACGUCCCCCUCACCGACGGCCACACUGGCGUCGCCGAGUGGCACGACAGCGCAGGGCCCACCUGGACCUGCGAGGCCUACGACAGCUACGAUCUCUGCGCCUCCUCCGGGGAGCGGUACGAGAACUACGGCAGGACUGCCAGCGAGGCAUGCUGCGCAUGCGGUGGUGGCGUCAACAUGCUGAGCACCAGCACCCAGACGGCGACGACCACGACCGACUGCGUGGAUCUGGUCCCGAACGGAGCGGGGGAGUUCUGGUACGACUCCAGAGGGACUUUCUACGACUGCACUUUUUACGCCCACGCCUCGAUCUGCAACUCCGGCGCCGCCCAGUAUGCAAAUUUCGGGUACUCGGGCGUGACGGUCUGCUGCGCGUGCGGGGGCGGAACUGGCCUGACGGCCACGAACACCACGCAGACCGCCACGCACACCACGACACGCAGCGUGACGUCUACGGCUUCCAGCACCCCGACGACCGCCACCACGACGUCCAGCACCACGCCGACAUCCUCGGGACCGGUGGAUUCCCCGACUGCGACGGCGUCGACCCUGACGGUGUCGACUGCGACGGCGUCGACUGUGACGACUGCAACCGCGACCCAGUGUGCAAUGUCGGCUCGUGGUACGAUUUGCUGGGGGAAGCCUACGACUGCGAGUGGUACGCAGACAACUUCGAGCACUGCGGAGAGUUUGCGUUGGCAGGUCUCAAUUUCAAUAUGACUGCCAACGAUGCCUGCUGUGCCUGCGGUGGCGGGGUCGGUUACCCGCCGACCACCACGCACACGGCCACGACCACCACCGUCACCACGCACACGGCCACGACCACCACCGUAUGCGUGGACUGGCAGCCGACAUACCUGGACCCUUGGGAGGACGUGGACGGCAACGGCUGCACCUACUACGAGCGCAUCUUCUCGACACUCGGGGGCUGCCUUGGCCCCGCGGGGUUCGGCAGGGUGGCCACCGAGGUCUGCUGCGCCUGCGGCGGCGGGACGGGUCUGACAGCGACGAACACCACGGCCACCUCCACGAGCACCACCUCCUCCACGGCCACCGCUUCCUCCACCACGAGCAUGGCCAGCACCACCGCCUCCUCCACCGCGACGAGCUCAACGGAUACUUCGUUUUCCAGCACGGGCGUUACCUCGUCACUUACCACUUCGACGGAAACCAGCUCAUCGCGCACGAGCAUAUCGGGCACCGCCAGCAGUACCACUUCGAUCAGCAGAACCUCUGUAAGCAGCACCUCCGCCAGCAGUACAUCGGCCACCAGCACCUCGGCCAGCUCGUCCACCACGGUCACGACAUCUACGCAGUCAUUGACCGUAACGUCUCAGACCGCCAGCAGCACCCUGUCCACGGCAACGCCGUGCAUGGACUAUGUGCCCGCGGUCGACGGGUAUGACAGCGACGUGUGGUAUAAUAGCCAAGGCGCACUCUUUGACUGCAACUUCUAUGUUACCUACAAGCUCUGCAGCACUCCAGAUGAUUUCUUGAACUUCGGGAGAACACAUUUCGAGGCAUGCUGCGAGUGCGGCGGGGGGAUGAACAUCAAGUCCACGUCGGUCACGGGCACGACAGUCUCGACAUUCUCCUUGACUGAUACUUCCCGGACGGCCUCCACACUGACUGCCAUAACCAUCACGACCAGCACCACCACGUCUGUAUCGUUUACUAGUGCAACUUCCACCGCGACUGAUACAACAUCCACGGCGACGACCUCCACUGUGACGAGCAUCUCUUCUGAGACAGUCACUUACACUUCGUCGAUGACCUCCACGCAGACCACCGCCACUCAGACAACCGUAACUUCCACCGCGACUGAUACAGCAUCUACGGUGACGACCUCCACAGAGACGACACCUUUUCUGAGACGGUCACUCACACUUCGACGACCACCGCCACGCAGACCACCGCCACGCAGACGACCGACUCGAAGACCUCCGACACGCAGAUUACCGUAA